CAAAAUGGUGACAAGUCAGACAUGCCCCUCUUCUGCCCUGGCUGAGGCCGUUGACUGUUUUCGAAUACAGUACAAAGAUCUGAGAAGCUUUUGACGGAGUCGGAGUGUUGUGAAGUCUGCUUUUUUGUCGUCCAGAGUUAAGGAAAAGAAUGGAUGCACCACUGCUGCCAAGGGAAGCUGGAAAAUUUAUAUCUGACAACAGCAAAGAUGUCUUUAUAUUAGAAAAAGGAGUUUGCAAGGUUGCUGAAAUGCUGUUUGAAAAAAGAAAUUCAAAGGAACUUGAUGCAACAGGAUGGAAAUUACUUCAUGAUCUAAACCCACAAACAAUGAAUGAAGCAUCUGUCAACUGGGUAUUUGUCGUGGACACCCUCAAUUUUUCCUUUUGGUCUGAAAAUGAUGAUCACAAGUGUUUGAUUAAAUACAAAGGCAAAAUGCAUAGUGGCUUUUGGUCAUUUUGUGCUGCUAUUAACAGAGCACUGGAUGAAGGCAUUCCCAUUACCAGUGCAUCAUAUUUUGCGAAUACAACCCUAGAUCAACUGAAAUAUGUGCUACGUUCAGACACUGAAGUUCCAAUGCCUUUGAUUGAAGAACGUCUCAAAGUACUGAAAGAGGCUGGAAAUAUAUUGCUAGAGAAGUUUGAUGGUUCAUUCCUUAAUUGCAUUAAAAAGAGUGAAAACAGUGCUCAGAAGCUGCUCCAGCUUGUAGUGGAAAACUUCCCAUCAUAUAGAGAUGAAACUAUAUUUCAGGGCAAGAAAGUUGCUUUUUACAAAAGAGCACAAAUCCUUAUAGCGGAUAUCUGGGGCCUACUUGAAGGGAAGGAGGAUGGUGCUUUUCAUGACAUAGCAAGUCUGACUAUAUUUGCAGACUACAGAAUCCCUCAAGUACUUGUCCACCUUGGAGCCAUGAAAUACUCAGAAAAACUAAUGGAGAAACUUAAACAAGGUGUCUUGUUCCAAUCAGGGGAUUGUGAAGAGGUAGAGAUUCGAGGCUGCUCCAUUUGGUGUGUUGAGUUAAUAUUGCGUCGCAUUCUGGAACUUGGAGCAGAGAAAGGAUGCAUCAAUGCACACAUCAAUUCUGUUUUGAUCGAUUACUUCUUGUGGGACUAUGCUAGAGAUCACCGAAAGGACAUGGCAGACAUUCCUAUCCAUCGUGUUCGCUGCAUCUAUUACUAAUUAGAUGUUGCGUAUUUCUAUGAAGUGAAAAGACGCAGCUUAUUUUGGGAGCAAGAACAGAAUGCUCAGUCACUUACAUUGCAGGCUCUUAUCUUGGUUCAUAUUUGCAUUUUAAUUUGCAAAUUCAUAUAUCUUUUACAAAACAUUGUAGUAAUAGCAAAUGCAACUAGAUAGUAUAAAAGAAAGCAAUGUAUUUCUCCAAGUAGAUUAGUGACCCAAGUUAAUUCUGUCUACUGAAUUCCUAAAAGUUCCUCUGUAAUUUCAGUGCAGAAUGAAGAUAAAAUAUUUUUUCAGAAAGAAGUCUAAGGAAAAUGUGCUGGGUACCUUCAGAGAGCUGGUCUAGUACUUGUACUUGUGUUCAAAUGAGAACAACAUUGAGUUGUCUACGUAUCUGCCUUACAUUGUAAUGUUAAGAUUAAAUUGGAAUAUCUCUGGACAUUAAUAUUAAUGGGUUAAACUGCACUGACUGAAUAGUCUGGAUGUGGGUGAGGAUGACAUUCAUGCAGGGAUGCGGAUGACUCCCACUCCAUUUUGACAGUCAUUUGCUACUACUCCUCAUUCUGCCCCUUCCAUUCACAAAUACUUACAUAGCCAUCCCCCAGCCAAUCAGGUUCACUUGUGUGAUCAUCCCCAGUGGUGAAGCCUACUCCACCUACACUGUGUGGGGAAGUAGUGGAGUCAGAACUCAUUUGCAGGGCCGCCCCGAAGCUAGGACAUAUCAUACUUACAUUGUCUUGGAGAAUCACUGAGUCAGGAAAUCGUCUGCACAACAAUUCCACAGCAUAAUCUCCGAUGCUGAUCUCAUCCUACCAUUGUACCUGGGGUAACAUGUGAUUAUGGGGGAGGGGGGGGGGGGCAUGGCCAGAAUAUCUGUGAGCAUUACCAACUGACCCAUAUAAAGGGGAUGUGUUUUCUUUGUUCAGGGUCUCUCUCCUGACUCGACUUCACAUGCUUGCAAAGAGUAUCAGAGGGGGUCAGCUAGCUUGUACAAGCUUGAAUAAACUUUAACUGUUUGUAGAA